UCUCACCAUAGUGAUUAGUGAGUAGUGACUGCUUACACCAUAGUGACUGCUGCCUGACUAGUGACUGGUUGAAGUUUCUAGUGAUUCCGGCUCCUCUCAGUCGGUGGGAUGUCGACUUUUCUCACUUCUGCCACUCCUUUUAUCUUCCGUGCCUUCGUUAAGACGUUUUCUCUUUAAUUUCAUCCUUUCUUUAAGCAAUAAUCGUUCUCGUAUAUUCCUUUAGCUUGUAAGUGUUGUUUCUUUGCGUCGGUCUUUCUAAUUUAUUAUUAACAAAAAAUAAUAAUAACAAAAAAUGUUACACAAUUGUUUAUCGUUAUGCUUGCACUAAUUUGUUGCUUGUUUUGUUAUUGAGAGAUUCUCACACUAUUAAUUCGCUUUCGCCGACUAAUGUUUCAUAAAGAUAAUCAAAAAUGUGUGAAAAAAGGUAGAAAAUCCGAGGAAAAGGGUAACGCCAAUAACGAAAAAGAAUCGGUCCAUGAAAAGAACUUGCACAUAGCUUCUUUGCCUUUGGUUUUCGUUUUUAAUAUUUUGCGCUCACUUAUUUACUUGUUUUUUGUUAUACUACGUUAUAUAUGGAAGUCGAGUUCCAAGUUGAUGAUAUUCAAAUCGAAGGGUCAGAACGUCGAGACUAAUCAGACAGCGCGGAAAGAUUUACAGAACAACGAUUUACUAUGCGAAGAACUAAUCUGCCGGAUGACGAGUCACAAAAUGAAACGCACCGUUUCUUCUCUGUCUGGAGAUCCACUCCUCUCCAAGCAGAAAGAACACCACAGGCGAGCGUUUGAAUUUAUAUCGAAAGCUCUUAAGAUCGACGAAGAAAAUGAAGGCCAUAAACAGAUAGCGAUAGCAUAUUACAAACAAGGGAUCACAGAAUUAGAAAGAGGUAUUGCGAUUGAGUGUAGUCAUGGAAAAGGAGAUGUAUGGGACAGGGCGCAGAGGCUUCAGGAAAAAAUGAAAACGAAUCUUGCCAUGGCCAACGACAGGCUGAAUCUAUUAACAUCAGAGAAAAAGAUGCUGCUUGGCGGACCUGGAAGGGGAAACGUUCUUGUGAAAAGUAAAACACUUCCUAGGUCUAUGGGAUCGCGAUCACAUAAUUCAUCUCAAGCAAUUGCCAAAAUUACGCAUACUCCUCCAGCGAUUAAAAGACAAUUUUCUGGCCCUUGUACGUCACCCGUGCAUAAAACUACAAAAGCCAAAGUAGCCACCAGAUCAGCAUAUUUAAAAGGUGUGGAUCCAAAGCUAGCACAAAUAGUAAUGGAUGAAAUAUUGGAAGGAGGCACACCUGUUUCUUGGGAUGAUGUUGCUGGUCAAGAAAUAGCCAAACAGGCUUUAAAUGAGAUGGUUAUUUUACCUUCUUUACGACCAGAACUUUUUACCGGCCUUCGGACACCGGCAAGAGGUCUUCUCCUCUUCGGACCACCAGGGAAUGGGAAAACACUACUUGCUAGAGCAGUUGCAACUGCUUCAAAUUCAACAUUCUUUAGCAUCAGCGCUGCAAGCUUGACCUCAAAAUAUGUUGGAGAAGGAGAAAAAUUGGUCCGGGCACUUUUUUCAGUCGCUCGACAACUUGAGCCUUCAAUUGUGUUUGUCGACGAGGUGGAUUCAGUUUUGAGCGAAAGGAAAGAAGGCGAGCACGAAGCAAGCAGGCGUUUGAAAACAGAAUUUUUAGUCGAACUUGACGGACUUCCUGCUAGUAGUGAUCAUCGAGUACUUGUAAUGGCUGCAACAAACCGUCCUCAAGAACUUGAUGAAGCACUAUUAAGGAGAUUUCCAAAGAGGGUUUACGUUUGCUUGCCGGAUCCAAAAACCAGAGCCGUUCUUUUAACUAGGUUAUUAUCUCGACAAGGAAAUCCUUUGACCAAAUCUGAAAUCGAUACCAUUGCUCAUCUCACUGAAGGUUAUUCUGGGAGCGAUAUAACAGCUCUUGCUAAGGAUGCAGCACUUGCACCUAUAAGAGAAUUAAACACCGAACAAGUAAGGACACUUGAUCCUGUGAAAGUUAGACCAAUUUCAUUUCAGGAUUUUAUCCAGUCGUUAAAUAGAAUCCGCAGAAGUGUUUCACCGUCAAAUCUGGCUCUUUAUGAUAAAUGGAAUCAACAAUAUGGGGACGUCAGCUUAUGAGUUAAAGGAAAUUGAGAUUGAUUGAUGCCUAAUUCCAGUUACCUAAUUUAUGCAGCACUGAACUCAAACAAGGCUUUUGAUU